AUGAACAUCGGUCGCUCGCACUCGAUUCGCUCCAAGAAGGGCUCCAACAAUGACAACGCCCCCAAGCACCGCUUCGCCAUGUCUUCGUUCCGUGGGCUAGGAGCUCCUGAGCUGUCGAAGAAGCUGCGAUCGCUCAUCAAGACACAAAACCACGCCAUUGGCGCUUACGAGCAAGCCGGGCGUGAGUCUCAGUCCCUUGCAUCGCAAUUGAGCGAGUGGGGUGAGAGCACCGAGGACGAGGCUGUCAGUGACAUCUCCGACAAGCUGGGAGUACUACUCGCCGAAAUCGCCGAGCAGGAGGAUCUCUUUGCGCAAAACUUGGAGGAGUCGCGCGGUGUGCUCAAGCAAAUCCGCAAUACCGAGGCCAGUGUUGCACCUACCCGCAACCAAAAGCAGAAGAUCCAGGACGAGAUCCAAAAGCUCAAGUACAAGGAGCCCGAGUCCACCAAGCUUGUCACUCUCGAGCAGGAGCUUGUCCGCGCCGAGGCUCAAUCCCUUGUUGCUGACGCUCAGCUCACAAAUGUCACACGCCAAAAGUUCAAGGAGGCCUAUGACUUGCACACUGCCGCCGUCAUCGAGCGUGCCGAGAAGCAAAUCAUUCUCGCCCAGCAGGCAAGACGACUGAUCAACAUGCUGGACGACACUCCAAUUGUGCCUGGCCAGGAUCGCGCGGCUUUCACCGGUGCUGAGGGUGGCAAGGACAUUCUGAACGAUGCUGAGACUGCCUUGAGAGGCUGGUCGCUCGAUGUGGAGCCAAUCAACUCUAAUGCUGGCAAAAUCGGCUCUAAUGCCAUGGGCGAGCCGCAGCAGGAGCGCAUCGAAGCCCCAACUUCCGAUCACCAGCGUGUCGAGGCCCUUGAGGCCCAGCAGCAGGCAGAGCUGAACAGCUCGAACCCACCAUACCCAACCGCCGAGACGACACAGAACGCUGCUCUAGCUUCGUAG